AUGGCGAUGGAAGUUACCCAAAUUCUUUUAAAUGCACAAGCAGUGGAUGGGAAUGUACGCAAGCAUGCAGAAGAAAACCUUAGACAAUUUCAAGAACAAAAUCUUCCAAGUUUCUUGCUCUCUCUUGCUGGAGAAUUGGCAAAUGAUGAUAAGCCUGUUGAGAGUCGUAAAUUAGCAGGUUUGAUCCUUAAGAAUGCUUUGGAUGCCAAAGAACAACAUAGGAAGUUCGAGCUUGGACAAAGAUGGUUGUCCUUAGACCCAUCUGUGAAGGCCCAGAUCAAAGCUUGUUUGUUAAAGACCCUUUCUUCUCCUGCCCAUGAUGCUCGAUCAACUGCAUCUCAAGUCGUUGCAAAGCUAGCAGGGAUUGAGUUGCCUCUUAAACAGUGGCCUGAACUGAUCGAAGCUCUAUUGUCAAAUAAUAAUCAACUUCCAGCUCAUACUAGACAAGCAACUCUUGAAACUCUUGGAUACAUAUGCGAGGAAGUCUCCCCGGAUGUGGUAGAGCAGGACCAAGUGAAUAAAAUGCUUACUGCUGUAGUUCAGGGCAUGAACUCUUCUGAGACUAAUAAUGAUGUCAGGCUUGCAGCCACAAGAGCUUUGCAUAAUGCCUUGGGUUUUGCUCAGGCAAAUUUCUCAAAUGAUAUGGAGCGUGAUUAUAUAGUGAGAGUUGUAUGUGAGGCUACUCUUUCCCCCGAAGUAAAGAUUCGACAGGCAGCCUUUGAGUGCCUUGUUUCUAUAUCUUCGACCUAUUAUGAAAAGUUGGCUCCGUACAUCCAAGAUAUUUUUAGCAUUACUGCUAAGGCUGUGAAGGAAGAUGAGGAACCUGUUGCACUACAGGCCAUCGAGUUCUGGAGUUCAAUUUGUGAUGAAGAGAUUGACAUUUUAGAAGAAUAUGGCGGUGAUUUUACUGGGGAUUCUGUUAUUCCGUGCUACUAUUUUAUUAAGCAAGCACUUCCUGCUCUGAUCCCUUUAUUAUUGGAGACUCUUCUUAAGCAAGAAGAGGAUCAGGAUCAGGAUGAAGUGGCCUGGAAUGUUGCAAUGGCAGGUGGAACUUGCUUGGGCUUGGUAGCACGGACAGUUGGCGAUGAUGUUGUUCCACUUGUAAUGCCAUUUAUUGAGGAGAACAUUACAAAACCAGAUUGGAGGCAGAGAGAGGCAGCCACCUAUGCGUUUGGUUCUAUUUUGGAAGGCCCAUCCCCUGACAAGCUCAUGCCUCUAGUUAAUGUUGCUCUGAAUUUUAUGCUGAAUGCUUUGAUGAAAGAUCCAAAUAACCAUGUGAAAGACACUACCGGAUGGACUCUUGGAAGAAUAUUUGAAUUUCUCCAUGGUUCAACUUUGGAGACACCCAUAAUUACCCAAGCAAAUUGUCAACAGAUCAUCACAGUUCUUCUUCAGAGCAUGAAAGAUGUCCCAAAUGUUGCUGAGAAGGCAUGUGGUGCUCUCUAUUUUCUGGCCCAGGGUUUUGAAGAUGCUGGACCUUCUUCCUCCCCACUGGCUCCUUUUUUCCAGGAUAUCAUCCAGGCCCUUCUCGAUGCCACUCACCGAGAAGAUGCUGGAGAAUCCCGCCUGCGAACUGCAGCCUACGAAGCUCUGAAUGAAGUUGUAAGGUGUUCCACUGAUGACACUGCUCCAAUGGUGAUGCAGUUAGUUCCUCUCAUUAUGAUGGAACUCCACCAGACUCUUGAGGCACAAAAGCUUUCAUCUGAUGAGAGGGAGAAGCAGAAUGAAUUACAAGGCCUUCUUUGUGGUUGCUUGCAGGUCAUUAUACAGAAGCUUGGGUCAUCUGAACCAACAAAAUAUGUCUUCUUGCAAUAUGCUGACCAGAUGAUGGGCCUGUUCUUGGGAGUAUUUGCUUGUAAAAGUGCCACAGCUCAUGAGGAGGCUAUGCUUGCAAUUGGAGCUCUUGUCUAUUCGACAGGCGCUGAUUUUGCUAAGUACAUGACUGAGUUUUAUAAAUACUUGGAAAUGGGUCUCCAGAAUUUUGAGGAUUACCAGGUUUGUGCCAUCACAGUUGGUGUGGUGGGGGAUAUAUGCCGGGCUUUAGAGGAUAAAAUAUUGCCUUUUUGUGAUGGGAUAAUGACUCAGCUCCUCAAGGAUUUGUCGAGCAACCAGUUGCACCGCUCUGUGAAGCCUCCCAUAUUUUCAUGCUUUGGUGAUCUAGCUUUGGCAAUUGGGGAGAAUUUUGAGAAGUAUUUGAUGUAUGCCAUGCCCAUGCUUCAGAGUGCGGCAGAGCUAUCUGCCCAUACAUCCGGAGUUGAUGAUGAUAUGAUAGAGUACACAAAUACAUUGAGAAAUGGAAUUAUGGAGGCGUACUCUGGCAUCUUGCAAGGAUUUAAGGGCUCUGCAAAGACCCAUUUAUUGAUGCCUUAUGCACCUCAUGUUCUUCAGUUCUUGGAUAGUUUAUACAUAGAGAAGGACAUGGAUGAUUUCGUGAUAAAAACUGCCAUUGGGCUCCUUGGAGAUCUAGCUGAUACACUGGGUAGUGCUGUUGGUUCAUUAAUUCAGCAAUCUGUGUCAGCCAGAGACUUUCUAAAUGAAUGUCUCACGUCAGAUGAUCCUUCGAUUAAGGAAGCUGCCGAAUGGGUCAAGAUAGCUAUCAGCCGGGCAACUAAUUUUUGA